GAGAGGAGCGAGCGAUUCAGACCUGGACGCUGGAAAGCCGGAGAAUUUUGAACUCGUCUAUUUUUGAACUCAGCCACAGAAGUGCUCCAGGGUUGGGUUCCACGGUCUACACGAGCUGAGAAAUGAAUAACGCAGCCGAGGCUCGCGUACAUUUGCCGGCUUUCUGUCAUAUGCGCGGCUAGCAGCCAUUGCUGAGGGUUCAAAUUAUUCCUCAAGUAUAGUUGCUUUCUCCGCUAUUUUUGUACAUCACGCCCCUUUGUCGCCCAGCUGAAAAUGUCUUGAGUCCGAACCUUGACAGAGAAUUAUGACAGAUUACCGGGAGGAUGGUAUGGACCUGGGCAGCGACGCGUCCAGCCGCUCCAGUUCAGAGUCCAACUCGAGCAAGGUGACGCCGUGCUCUCCCAGCCUGGACCUGACGCCGCUGGAGGACUACGAGGAGGACGAGGACUACCAGGCGUACAAGAAGAAGGUCAUCGAGGAGUGGGAGAGCGAGUACGGGGACGGCUGUGGCGGUAACGGGGGCUACGGAGACGCCGAUGACCCCGACCUGGCCAACAAUGCCGCGGGGACCCUCGGAGGAGGUGGGGUUGGCGGUGGCGCCGGAAGCUUCCGGAAGGCGGUGAACAGCCGCAGCCUGGCCGAGGAGUUACAGGACGUGAAGAGCCCGGCGCCGCUAACCGGACCCACGGCGACCCGGGCGGCCGCUGUGCCCGAGGAGCUGAAGCAGAACGGGAACCUGAUCCUGCCCAGCACGCACCACCUCCGCUCGCCUGUGGGUGGCGCCGCCACCAACACCACCUCCAGGACCACCACAGGGGCAAAGACUAGCAGCAGGCUCACAAGCCAGCGGACAGCCAGCAGCAACAGCAGAGUGGCUGGAGGACUGGCUGGCACCGGCGUCGGUAGAGGUGGAGGCGGCGGCCUUGGCUCUGGAGUCCACGGCAUCAGCGGCGGGGGUGGCACAGGGACGAACGCCACCCAGCGCAUGGGCACGGGCUACAGGGACGAGUGCCCGCUGGAGGAGAACCAGCUGCCCACUAUGGACUGGGCCACGCUGGAGAGGCACCUGGCCGGACUGCAGUGCCGGGAGCAGGAGAACCACAACCAGAACCAGGCGCUGGGCCGGACUCACUCCGCAUCGGCCCAGAAGAGUGAGCGAGAGUCCAUCCGGCAGAAGCUUGCUCUGGGCAGCUUCUUCGACGAUGGACCGGGCAUCUACACCAGCUGCAGCAAGAGUGGCAAGCCCAGCCUGUCAUCACGGCUGCAGAGUGGGAUGAACCUCCAGAUCUGCUUUGUGAAUGACAGCAGCAGCGAUAAAGACAGCGAUGCAGAUGACAGCAAGACAGAGACGAGCCUGGACACGCCCCUCUCUCCUAUGAGUAAGCAGAGCUCGUCGUACUCGGACCGGGACACGGCGGAGGAGGAGGAGCCUCUGGAGGACAUGGACUUCCUGAGUCGCCAGAGGAAGCUUCAGGCCGAGGCCAAGCUGGCCCUCGCCAUGGCCAAGCCCAUGGCCAAGAUGCAGGUGGAGGUGGAGAAGCAGAACCGCAAGAAGUCCCCCGUCGCCGACCUGUUGCCCCACAUGCCCCACAUCAGCGAGUGCCUGAUGAAGAGGAGCCUGAAGCCGUCGGACCUCAGAGACAUGACCGUCGGUCAGCUUCAGGUCAUCGUCAACGACCUCCACUCACAGAUCGAGAGUCUGAAUGAGGAGCUAGUGCAGCUGCUACUGAUUAGAGAUGAACUUCACAUGGAGCAGGACGCCAUGCUGGUGGACAUCGAAGACCUGACCAGGCAUGCUGAGAGCCAGCAGAAACACUUGGCAGAGAAGACCCUCUCCAAAUGAAGACUCUGCCACUAUACCCCCCCCCUCCCCAAGCUCAGACAUCACCUGUUCAAAUGCACCUACUGCCCUCUUACACACAGACACACAUCAAAACACACACAGAUGCACACACACACGGCAUAAACAUAUAAAAUGAAAAAAAGAUUCUGCAGCCUUCUUACACACAGACACACAUCCACUCACACACACACACACACACACACACACACAUGUACACAUACACCUCAUCAACAUGGUGGAAAAGACCCUAUCCUAAUGAAGCCCCUACCUUAAACCCCUCACCGACCCCCCCUACCCCAGACCCUCUUCCAUACCAGUCCCUGAUGCUCCCCUCCGACCUCCGACCCCUCCCCUGAUAUCUCACCCCACCUUCCUCCAUCCUGCCCCGGAGCCAGAACUGGGUCAUCUGGGUCAUCAGAACGGUUCAUCUGGGUCAUUAGAACUGGGUCAUCUCCCUCCUUUGCUUCUGUGGUUGUACAAACUAAAAGAAAAAGAACAAAAAAAAAAAUGCUGAAGAUGGAGCACUUCAUGACAGAUGAAAUAUUUUAAGUGUGAGUCUUGGAUACUGUCCCUGGCUUUUUUCUGUGCAGUGAUUGGCCUUGCUUCUUUACAGUUCAUUUUUUAACUCUGCCACUAAAUUAUACCUGUCAAUGCAAAACUAUGGAAAAAAUAUAUGCUAAGCAACAAUUAGUAGGGAGUCGAGUCUGUUGAAAAAAAAAAGAACAAAAAAUAUAUGAACAAAAAGACCUAACUUCUGAGACUUUUUUAAGUUGGACAGUAUUGAAAAGUUGGUCUCUUCUUCUGCACAAAUGGUAGUUUUCAACUGAAGCUUUUCUUUGAAGGUGCUAAAAGAGAAGAAGGAUACAUGCCUGCCUUGUAGUGAAAGUCGUAGCUUUUGGUAAUAUGUUCACUCUAAUCGGUAUUCAACAUUUUGUGAAUGUUGAUUUUCUGACACGAGUCAUUUUAAAUGAAUAAGUGUGUUAAUAUCAUUUCCAUCCUAUUGUACUCAGAAUCUUUAUUUGAGGGAAGAAAUGUUUAUGUACAGAUAUGUAAAAUAAAAAAAUAAAACUUUGUUUCAUA